GGGAGGGGAAAAUACGAAAGAAGCCUGAGGCGGGGUAGGGCAAAAUAAAAUUUUAAAAAGAGAGAAAAUUUCAGAAAAAAAGUCCAUUCGAUCGAUCGAUCCAUCGAUGCUGACGGGAAGGGAGAGCUUAAUGAGAAUGGUCGGAAGGCGGAGGAGGACCCUCUCCCCUAACACUACUUCCUUCCUCCUCUCCGAUCAAUACCAGAGCUGCUCUUCAAUUAUCUUAAAAGAAGAAGAGAACAUUGGUAAAUCCUCUUUUCUAAUGGGUAAAGAAGGUUCCUCAAAUCAGGUAGUCGGAAAAAGUGACAAGCAACAACAACAACAAUAUUGUAACUUAGAUUGGGUCACUUGUCCUGUAUGUGGGAGCAUUGUACGUGGGGCUGAUUACACUGUAAAUUCUCACUUAGAUGCAUGCCUAGCCAGAGGGAAAAAACGGAAAUUGACCCAACAUACCCUUCUUCAGUUCAGCUUUUCUUCAAGACCAAAGGACAGCAUUUGCUUGAGUGAAUCAGAUAAUGCAGAAGAUGAUGCAAGACGGAAAGGAUCUGAUGAGAACACUGAACCUAGUACUGUUUGUAUACUGCCUAAAUAUGGUGCUGCUGAAAAUAAGGAAAGAAACAAAUGCACAUCGGACUUUAUAUACUCUUUACAAUCUAACUUUGAAACUUGUGCUACCGUCUUAGAUGAAAAUGUAAACAAGGAAGAUGCUACCAACUGUGGGGAGGUGGAUUCAUCGAUUCCCCUUUCAUCCUUACUUGAUGUUAAGAUGCCUACACAUGAUAUUUAUAGUACUGGAAUUGGCAUGGCUGCUACAACUCUAGGAACUUAUAUUGUCGGGCGCAGGUUUCAUGAUGAAGUUGACCUAGCACAAGGGGCUGGCAUCUCUCUUUUGAGAGACCCUGAAAAUGUCAAGGACCCAAAUGCUAUCAAGGUGCUUCAUACAGAUUCCGGAAGAGGACAAAUGCUUGGGUUUCUCCCGCGCGGGUUGGCUAAAUAUCUGUCUCCUCUAAUUGACAAGUAUUGCUUGGAAUUUAAGGGAUCAGUUACAUCACUUCCAAACCAUCCUCAUGAUGCGAUUCCUAUUCGGCUUGUUUGUCAAGAAAUGACUACAUGCUGCCAAAUGGAAGCUAAUGAUCGCCAACUCUUUGAGUCCUUGUGGAGAAAUGCUGUGCAUGUUGCUGAAUGUGAGAAUGCUUUUCCCGCUAGCACGACAAAAUAUCAGCGGAACUUCCAUAUUUUGAUGCAGGAGGUGUUGAAGCAACACAGUCAUCUUUUUACCGAUGAUGAAAAGUCGUUUCUAGUAUCUUUUGGUUCACUUUCAGAUGAUGGUCAGAGGCUCUUCAUAAGACUUUAUACACGCAAAGGUCCUUGGUUUCGUAUGUCCAACAUUUCCUACCCAGAAAUAUCAGAUUCUCAACAAGCAGUUGAAGAACUUCGCAUGGCAGAGUAUUUCCGUUCUUUGGAAUUCACGAAGGAGCCAUCCAAAACUGAUAUAAGGGAGGUUCUAGAUUUGCUUACCGUCUCUGAGCUACGUGAAAUUUCAACUCUGGUGCUUUCAAAGAAAGGCAUCCAUUGUGCAAAAAAGGAGGAACUUGUUAGAUGGCUAUUUGCAGCAUAUGAAGAUGGAAUAUGCCCGUCACUACCAAACAUGGUCUUAGAACAGACAGGCACCUGCAUACAGAUUACUUCCACUGCUGAGUUCCUUGUCUGGCGCAUCCAGAGACUCUUUUUCCUCAAUGGAGAGCAGGAUCUCUCAUCCUUUCUAUUAGUUGAUUUGGGGCUGGUCAAGUAUCCAGCUUAUACCUGCAACAUUUCACAACAUGUUUUUGCAGAUCGAAGUGACCUUGUUGCAUAUGAAGAGGCCAUUGAAGUGGCACAAGUGAUGGACCAAUCCCUUGAUGUGAACAAUAUGGAAAUGGUGAUGAGAUGCAUCGAGAUAUCUGAAGGCUGCAUGUCUGCCUCUUUGGAGAAUGCAAGUUGUUCAUCUAUGGGGACAUUCCUUUCACGUUUCUCAGCUUCAUGGGUCUACUCAAAAGCAGUCACCUUGGGCAUCUCUUUUUUUGAGCGUGAGCGCAGGUAUGAAGAUGCAAUAAGGCUUCUAAAGAGCCUUCUAAACAAAUUUACUUGUGACAGUCGACGGGGAUAUUGGACACUGAGAUUGUCAGUUGAUUUGGAGCAUAUGGGUUAUCUCAAUGAGAGCCUUUCCUUGGCUGAAGAAGGGGUACUAGAUCCGUGGGUCCGUGCUGGCUCAAAAAUGGCACUGCAAAGGCGGGUUCUACGCUUGGGAAAGCCACCAAGACGCUGGAAAACACCUAGUUUUGCUGAGUCCGUCAACAGGAAGAUUAAGGAAGUACAUGUGAGGGGGAGACCAUUAAACUGUGAAACAGGGAUGAAGAACCGGUUUUAUGGUGAUGAUGAAGAUCAAUGUGGUGUAGAGCAACUGGCUUUGCAGUAUUACGCUGGGGAAGGAGGGGGGUGGCAAGGCGUCCAUACGGAGAGUGGCAUUUGGAUGACUAUCUUUGGGCUUCUCAUGUGGGACACUAUCUUUGCUGACAUACCAGAUGUCUUCUGGACCAAAUUUCAGAUGUCACCAUUAGAUCUUGAUACAGACAGCUUUUACAUAACAAGAAAGAGCCUCAUAGAAGCUCACUUGCAAAAGAUUCACACAGGCAUGGCAGAGGAGAUCAUCAUCGCGUCGUGGGAAUCACACAUGGGAACUGCUUGCCGAGGGGUGAGCUGGGACCGGCAUUCCUUGGCUGAGCUACGGGCUGCUGUUGCAUGCGUUGGAGGACCUUGCCUGGCAUCUCUUUGCAGGCACUUGGCCCAGGAUUACCGAAGCUGGUCGAGCGGCAUGCCGGAUUUAUUGCUCUGGCGCCUCACUGGAGAAUAUGGAGGGGAGGCAAAGCUUGUUGAAGUUAAAGGCCCAAGGGAUAGGCUUUCUGAACAGCAGCGAGCUUGGCUGCUGCUACUCAUGGACUGCGGCUUUAACACAGAGGUGUGCAAAGUGAGUCCGACACCAUCACAGUCAUGAAGCCUGUUGUUGUAUAGCAUUAUUUCACAGGCCCCAUUUUCAAGCUUCUAAUUUAAAUGUCUUACGCAUUCUGACAUGUCACCACAUGUGAGAUCCAGGAAGUUCAUCAGACAUUCCCCUUAGUGUUUGUAUUCUAUCCUAACAAUCAGGCAAGCUAAUUCAUAAGGUGAGUGACAUGUGUAUGUUGAAUGCUGACCAUUGGUUAUUAUUUAUAUAACAGUCCAUUUUUUUUCCCA